CUGGUGUCGUCCACAUCCUGUACAUCAACACUGGAGACCUGGAGCUAAAGAUGUCCUGCACGUAUGCAACCGUCCUGGCUCUCCUCGCCGUGCUCCUCGCACUCUCCUUGUCUCUGGAGGCCGAGUCUGCAGCUGUGCCCAGCAGCACAAGCAGCACUACGGAUCCACAAGGUCCGCUGAGGAGAGUUUUCAUGAAGGAGGUCGAUGCCUCAAAUUUCUUCAGGAGACGCACCAGGCGGGGAGCAAAGUCCCAGGAUGAGAUUAACGCUGAGCAGCGGCUGGUUUUGGCUGCAGACGAGCGCAGAAGAGAGUUUCACGAGGAGCAGAGGAACGAGUUUGAGAACUACGCUGAGGAGGAUAACGAUGAGCAAGACGAGAGGACCAGAGCGAGCACCGAGCAGUGGAGGGAGUUUCACUACGACGGGAUGCAUCCUCCCCAGGAGUACAACCGUCCCUCCGUCUGAGAUACAGUGAGAGAGGAGAGAUGUGAGGCUGUGAGCUGGAAGGAACCAAAGACUGAGAAGAAACGUCUUGAUCUACACAGCGAUGCUUCUCACCACACACCCUGACAGCUGCACAGUAAAGACCUCACACACAGAAUGAAAUGUUUGAAAUCCUUUUUUUAAUCCUUGUGUUGCUGAUAUUGGCUUUAUGUCUUAGUUGUUUGGGCUCCCACUGACUUCACUGCUUAUUGUAUGAAAUAAAUAGUAAUGAUUCUUCUUCUACACUUCUAAACUGCCAAACCAAAGCAGCAAUAGUUUUGCCUUUUUCAGGGGUUCAACUAACAAUUAUUUUUAUUGUUGAUUAACUAAGUGUUUAUAUUCAUGAUUGAUUGAUGUGUUUUUGGUCUGGAAAAUGUCAGAAGGCAGUGCGAAAUAACUGUUUCGUAAAUUCCAGGGUGAAGUCAUUUGAAUUUCUUGUUUGGUCCAACAAACCGCCCCAAAAGCAAAGACAGUCAAUUAUUGUCGACAAAGACAAAGACAACCAGCAAAUAGUCACAUCUCAGGAGUUGGAACCAGGGUUUCUUUUGUUUUUUUCGGCAUUCCCGACUACAGGAACCGAAGUGAAAAGAAACCGAAUUAAACCUUUUCAGGAUUAUAAUGGGGAUUUGUUGCUAAGAACAGUAAUGUCAACAUCAACCACAGAUAUUCAGUAUAGGCCCCAUAUCUAUGAACCAGAGUGUUUUUUUUACUGCAGCAUGUUUAAAAAGAAAUUCUCUGACAAUUACAUUUAAAUAAAUACCCUAAAAGUCAACCUGAUAAAAGGUUAGGAAAGUAUUUUGUUGUAGCUGUUUUAGGAGUCCUGAGUUAAAUAGUUAUAGGGUUUUUCAAAACCCACAUUACUCACAUAUGUUUGUGACAUAUUUACGUACUUCUAAUGACAUUAGAUAAAAAUAUCAAACAUUUGAGUCUAUAUACAGCUCGGCAAAAAAAAUAAGACUACACUACAUUCCAGUGUCUGUUGACUUGAAAUGAAAUUUGCAGGAUAAAUGUUGUUUAAGGAAUAGAUCAAAUUUGUUUAUUUUACUCAAACACAAUCUUAGAGGUCUAAUAAUUCCUCGGUCUAUGAAUACAAAUAUUUAAAAGUCUAUUAAUUCUUUCCAGGUAGAGGUAUAUAAUCUACAUUAAAUAACAACUUCCAAUAUAAUAGAUGUGGGAAUACAUUAACUAACUUGAUAUUUACUCUCUAUCAAAGAACCAAUGACACAUAUGGAUCAGCCUCUUUUUUUUAAUACAUGAUCUCUACAACUCCACAGAACAAAAUAUAAUACAUGCAUGCUGAAGGGCAUUAAAUGCACCAUAUGAUGUUUUCUUUUGGUGUUUUUUU